CCCCACUAUCAAUAUUCAUCGCUCUUUUGUUGCCGCGGUUUUGAGGUGCGCGCGCAUGUAGCUAGUGGAGUGACGAGAGAAGCGUGGACUUUGCUCCAAGAAACACUCCAUAAAAAGCUCCUCCACUCUAACUGAUUGCUUUAAAAUGGAGCGAUCUCUGGUGGAAAACGUCUUCUUGUUCACCCUAAAUGUGGCUGGCUGGCUAUGGGGAGUUAUGAGCUUUGUGCCAUGGUAUUACAUGAGCGGAAGAAGCGGGCAAAUUCGCCGGCAGAAAAUCCAAGCUCGUCCUACAAGUCUGGUUCCAGGCGCACCGUACCGAGACGUAGAACAUUUUGACGCGCUUGUCACUACACUCUACAAAGGGAUAACAACCAUGGACCAGUUAUUUAGACGCUCUGUUCAGCUAUAUGCCUUUCGAAAGUGCCUUGGAACAAGAGAAACACUCAGCAUUGAAGAAGAAACACAACCAAAUGGAAGAGUGUUCAAAAAAGAAAUUAGGGGAGAGUACAAUUGGUUGACUUAUGCAGAGGUUGACUCUCGUGCAAGAAACCUUGGCAAUGGUCUUAUCACUCUUGGCCAACAACCCAGGCAGAAUAUUGUGGUGUUUGCCGAAACUCAAGCUGAUUGGAUGGUGUCUGCACUAUCAUGCUUUGGAUUUGGCUUUCCUGUUGUUACAAUCUAUGCAACCCUUGGAGAUGAAGCCGUGGCACAUGGUAUUAAUGAAACAGAAGUGAACUUUGUAAUAACAGACUCUGUUCUGCUCCCUAAGCUGGCAGCCGUCUCGGGGCAAUUAACACAACUCCAACACAUUAUUUAUAUGGGAAAUGCCAAAAAAUCUGUGCUGAUGAAUUUUCCAAGCUCUAUAAAGCUACACUCAAUGGUGGAAGUUGAAGAGCUAGGAUCAAGGCAAGGAAAUGCCCAGAGUAGAUACGUACCACACCCUGAGGAUACUGCAGUAAUUAUGUACACAAGCGGCUCCACAGGGUUACCAAAAGGUGUGAUAAUCUCCCAUGCCAACCUGUUAGCUGCUACAGCUGCCAUGGGUGCCAGAGUUGAGCCAUCCAUCACUGAGAAAGAUGUUUAUGUCGGCUAUCUUCCACUUGCCCACGUCCUUGAACUUGUUGCGGAAAAUGCUCUUCUUGCUCACGGCGCAUGCAUCGGGUACUCCAGCCCUCUCACCCUAUCUGAUCAGUCUUCAAAGAUCAAGAAAGGCAGCAAGGGUGACUUGACUGUGCUUCGUCCAACACUGAUGGCUGCCGUACCGGUGAUAAUGGACAGGAUCCGCCAGAAUGUUAUGGAGAAGGUAAAGGAUGGACCCAGACUGCUUCAGCUCUUCUUCACCUUUGCAUAUAACUACAAACUGCAGCAAAUCAAGAGGGGAUAUGAUGCUCCACUGCUCAACAGAUUCAUCUUUGCCAAGUUACGGAAGCUGCUAGGUGGGCGUGUACGGCAGAUGCUCAGUGGCGGUGCACCUCUCUCGUCAGACACACAGUACUUCAUGAACGUCUGCUUCUGCUGUCCAGUAGGCCAGGGCUAUGGACUCACUGAGACAUGUGGAGGCGGCACCAUUUGCCAUACAUGGGACAGGACUACUGGCCGUGUUGGACCACCAAUUGCAAGCUGUGAGGUGAAACUAGUCAGCUGGGAAGAAGGAGGCUACACGAUCCGUGACAAGCCCUUUGCUCGUGGGGAAAUUGUUAUUGGUGGAAGUAAUGUUACUUUGGGAUACUAUAAAAAUCCGCAAAAGACACAAGAGGACUUUGAGGUGGACCGCAAUGGUCAGCGCUGGUUCCACACAGGGGACAUAGGAGAGUUCCAUGAUGAUGGCUGCCUUAAGAUUAUCGAUCGCAAAAAAGACCUUGUAAAGCUGCAGUCUGGCGAGUAUGUAUCCCUGGGCAAGGUGGAGGCGGCCCUUGCCCAGUGCCAGUAUGUCGAGAAUGUGUGUGUCUUCGCUGACAGUCUCAAGACCUUCUGCGUCUGCCUAGUUGUACCCAGGCCCAAGCAGCUGAAACAGCUAGCUGACAGUCUACAGGUGCCCACUGACGAUUGGUCAGCGGUAUGCUCCAACAAGGCAAUCAGGGAAGCUGUGUUGAAGGACAUUCGGAUUGUUGGGAAUAGCGCCAAACUUGAGAAGUUUGAAAUUCCCCAAAGGAUGUGUCUUGUGUUGGAACAGUGGACACCGGAGAGUGAGCUUGUCACCGCUGCCCUCAAACUCAAGCGCAAGAACAUCACCUCCUUUUACCAAGACACCCUGCGCACCCUGUACAACUAAGCUACCGUCGACACACCCUGCACAGCAGAAAGCUGUCAAAGCCCCCUUCUGACCACCUCUUCCCACUUAUCUUUGGUCAGAAGUCUUUUAUUCCUUUCUUCUCUAAUUUCAAGUUUUUGUAAAUAUAUUUUUUGGAAUAAGUUUGGUUUGGUUAGAAUUUGAAUGUUGGUAUAUUCAGGAUAUUGCGUCUUCUGUUGUUGUUUGAGAGCAGUCUUGUCUUACAUACUGAGUGUUAUUUGGUUGUCAUUUUCUGGAUAAUAAAGUUGAUGAAACAG